GCUGGGGCGCUGGGGCGCGCUGCGGGGCCCACCUGGAGGCCAUUUUGUUCCGCCUAAAAGAAUUAGAUGAUUGAAACUACAGAUACUUACAAUUUCUUCUUGAGAACAGUCAGUAUCAAUAUGGAGGCGUAGACACCUUAAUAGGGACUUCAGUCUGAACUCUGGGAGGUAGUUCUGUGCAGAAAUAAAGAAACUAACACAUCAAUUUUAUUAUUUUUUUUUUAAUCUGGGGGUUCUGUUUACUCUGCCAUAAACAUGGCGUGGAGAAAAAACUUAAUUCAACUGUAUAAAGCAUCAGAAUGUCCCGAUACAAGGCAAUUAAUUUAUGUUACAUUUGAUAACUCUGUACUUGUAACUCAGGCACCAGGUUAAAACUGAAAUGAUUUGUUAAUUCAGUGCUGACACUGUUGUAGACAGAAAAGCUGGGGCUAUCCCAAAUUUGUUAACAGGGAGAGUUCAUCCUUGUCAGAGGCAGUGUAUAGGAUUUGUUUAUCUAAUAGCUGAAUAUACAAUACAUGUGGAGUUGUGUAUAGACUAACUUCUUUAGUCUUAACAACUUGUUACAUCAAUAUGCAGAAGUUGAGAAGUGUUUUUGGGAGCCAGUAGUUGCAAAUAUACCAGAUCAGUUCAGUAAUGUCAGUUCUGGGUCUCUAUUUUUUGUAUGCCCUUUGAACUUGAUAAACCCUACUUUUCAGGUUCCUAAUGAGGUUUUCAAACUAAAAUCUAUAUGUGCCUAUAAGCUACAUAUUUAUCAGCUGUCUAGGGUGAAAUCUAGUUCUUAAAUCACUUAACAUAUGUUCUGGAUAAGAACAAUAUUGUUUUAGUUGCCCCCAAUUUUAGUUUCUUUAUUGACAAAGGAUUAGUAAACCCUUUUGAGGUUUUUCCUGUUUUGAUCCCACCUCCACUAGCCUGACAAAUUGGUACUGCUCUCCCAGAUAUGCAAAAGAACGAAAGCAUGUGAUGCUUAUAUGAUUCAAGGGAAAUUCCUUUUCAACAUGCUUUCUCCAAUUGUUAAAAUGGGAUGAGGCAGCUUUUGCACUGAAAGCAGUUUUGUAAACUAAACUACAAGAACUUCCCAAAUGUUAAAAGGCUUUUAAUCACGAGGCAGAUUCUAUUCACUUGCUCAUUUGAAGUUACACAUUAAAGUAUUUAUUGCUUUUGUACAGGCGGGGAUUAUUCCAAAUUGCCUUUCAUGCACACAACUACCUCCCAGAGGAAGACUUGUCCCAUUUUUCCAAAACCAGUCCAUUAUGAAUAUAGUGGAAGAUAGCCCUUUCUUGGCUAGCAUCAUGAGGCACAGUGCUGUGUGUGGUGAACUGAAGUAUGACCUAUCGUGUGAGCUCUACAGAAUGUCAACGUUUUCUGCUUUCCCUGUUAACAUGCCGGUAUCAGAACGGAGUCUUGCCCGGGCUGGGUUUUAUUACACUGGUGUGCAGGAUAAAGUUAAGUGCUUCAGUUGUGGCUUAACACUGGAUAACUGGCAACCAGGAGAUAAUGCUAUGGAAAAACAUAAAGAGCUAUGUCCUGGCUGCAGUUUUGUUCAAAGCAUGCUUUCAGUUAACAACCGUGGACUGUCGUCUCGUUCUGCCUUUUUGCCCUCAGUUACAAACAGUCUCUCACCAUCUCUGCGUUCCAUAUCGCUUUCUCCGAGUUUAGAACAAGUUGGAUAUUUCAGUGGCUCUUUUUCCAGUUUUCCUCAAGACCCAGUAACUACUAGGGCAGCUGAAGACCUUUCAUUCUUGAGACAUAAGCUUUACAAUCCUUCUAUGAGUACAGAAGAGGCUAGGCUACGCACCUUUCACUCAUGGCCACUGACGUUUCUCUCACCCACUGAUCUGGCAAAGGCUGGACUUUAUUACUUGGGGACAGCAGACAAAGUUGCUUGUUUUACCUGCGGUGGUCAGCUGUGUAACUGGGAACCGAAAGAUAAUGCUGUGUCAGAGCACCGGAGGCACUAUCCAAACUGUUCUUUUGUGGAAAACCUCACCCGAGACCAGCCAAGUUUCAAUGUUUCAAAUGUGAGCAUGCAAACCCACGAGGCACGUGUUAAAACAUUCAUCAAUUGGCCAACCAGAAUUCCAGUUCAGCCCGAACAGCUUGCAGAUGCUGGCUUUUACUAUGUAGGGCGCAAUGAUGAUGUCAAGUGUUUUUGCUGUGAUGGUGGGUUAAGGUGCUGGGAAUCUGGAGAUGAUCCAUGGAUUGAGCAUGCAAAGUGGUUUCCAAGAUGUGAGUAUCUGCUUCGUGUCAAAGGAAGAGAGUUUGUAAGUCAAAUUCAGGCCAGAUUCCCCCAUCUCCUUGAACAGCUCUUGUCAACCUCUGAGCCGCCUGUAGAUGAAAACAUUGAUCCCCCAAUUAUUCGUUUUGGCCCUGGAGAGAGUCAUUCAGAAGAUGCAGUCAUGAUGAACACGCCUGUUAUUAAAGCUGCCUUGGAGAUGGGAUUCAGUAGAAGGCUAAUAAAGCAAACAGUGCAAAGUAAAAUCCUUACAACUGGAGAAAACUACAAGACUGUUAAUGAUCUUGUGUCUGAUCUGCUCAUUGCUGAAGAUGAGAAGAUUGAAGAAGAGAAAGAAAAACAAUUAGAAGAAGCGGCAUCAGAUGAUUUAUCCUUAAUCCGCAAGAAUCGCAUGGCUUUAUUCCAACGUUUAACAUGUGUACUUCCAGUCCUUGGGAGUUUACUGUCAGCUAAAGUGAUAACAGAACCUGAGCAUGAUGUUAUUAAGCAGAAGACUCAGACACCAUUGCAAGCAAGGGAACUGAUAGAUACAAUUUUAGUGAAAGGAAAUGAAGCAGCCAGCAUAUUCAGGAACUGCCUACGAGAUUGUGACCCUGUGCUCUACAAAGAUUUAUUUGUGGAGAAGAACAUGAAGUAUGUUCCCACAGAAGAUGUUUCAGGUUUACCUAUGGAAGAACAAUUAAGAAGAUUGCAAGAGGAAAGAACAUGUAAAGUUUGCAUGGACAAAGAAGUUUCUAUUGUUUUUAUUCCAUGUGGUCACUUAGUGGUAUGCAAAGAAUGUGCACCAUCCCUUAGAAAAUGCCCUAUUUGCAGGGGGACAAUAAAGGGUACAGUCCGUACAUUUCUUUCGUAAAGAGGGAAACUUGCAAAAUGUCUUUGUUCCUGUCAUCCUCCAACUGCUGAAGCUUAAGCCAGCAGUGUCUUAAGAAUGGAAAAUUGUGGUACAGAAGGUGAUUAAUCAACCACCUAACACAGUUGUGUAAUAGUAAAGUGUAUCAUCAUUAGGAGCACGCUAGGCCUUCGGUGCCAAAGGCUCUUUCUGUUCAUAAAACCAAGUCAAUAUUAGGUUUUUGUGGUGUUCCUUUCUGAAUAGGGAAAGUAGAUACACCAGUGUCACUCUGAAUAAAAAACUUUUUGCUUGAGUUCCUGAAAUGGAGCUUGGCACAACUCUUCUCAUGAGUUUCCUCCAUGUGGAUGUGAGGAAAUAUAAUAAGUUUGCUGUUAUUAAUAAUUAAUAUUAACUUCAGCUACUCCUGUUUUGGCUUUCUUCUGGACUUGAGGAGAAAAGAGGCUAACUGUUGCAGGAACAGCAGGAAUUUUAGAAGUUUUUUCAUGUCUUGAUACUUGUGUAAUGUAUAUUACUAAUAGUUUGUAUGAAGACUGAAUUAAAUACUUCUACUUCUCAAAGAAGCGUUUGUUUACUCUUUCCCCAUUGUUGGUUUUUCUCUGUAGACUGCAGUAACUAGAACGCUGUCUUUUCCUGACAAAAUUUUGGGGUGGUUUGCCUCCAAAAGUACAAUAAAACUUAAUUCCAUUUGUCUUUCUUUCA